GUACAUCCACGCCCUCUACCUCGGUGCCCAGAGUCGAUGGCACAGCARUGGGCCUCGCCGUCACUUCCAUUGGCGGCUGAUGUUUGAGAGUGCCGAUAUCACGAUGCUGCGCCUGUUAGAGGCUUUUCUGAAGUCUGCUCCACAGCUGGUGCUGCAGCUGAGCAUCAUGAUCCAUGGAAACGCUGUCCUCCCUCUGCAAGGCCUCUCAGCUUCAGCCUCCCUGGUUUCACUGGCCUGGAUGAUCGCGUCCUACCAGAAGGUUCUCCGGGACUCCCGUGAUGAUAAGCUGCCCAUGUCCUACAAGGCCGUGAUUGCCCAGAUGCUGUGGCACUUCUUCACUAUUGGGGCGAGGACGGUGGCCUUUGCCCUCUUCGCCUCUGUCUUCCAGCUGUAUUUUGGCAUAUUCAUCGUAAGCCACUGGUGUGUCAUGACCUUCUGGAUCAUCCAAGGUGAGACUGACUUCUGCAUGUCCAAAUGGGAGGAGAUCAUCUACAACAUGGUUGUAGGUAUCAUCUACAUCUUCUGCUGGUUCAACGUAAAAGAGGGCCCGAGCCGCUUCCGUAUGACUCUSUACUACUCCGUGACACUGGCUGAGAACGUUGCACUGAUAUCCGCCUGGUACACCUAUCGUGGCCCACAAACCACAGACUCCUCUGCUCUAGUGGUGGUGUGCCUUGUAGCCUGCAGCUUUGCUCUGGGAACCUUUUUUAUGUUGGUGUACUACUGCUGGCUGCACCCAGAUGGGCCUGUUCUAGGCUCCCAGUGGGGAGGAUGUGUAGACGARGGUGUGGUGAGUACAGCAGGGGUGGUGGGAGUUAUUGACGCUUGUCUUACUCCAUCUGAAGGGUCCCAAACAGAUAUGGUAAUUACCAGUCCCCCGAGAACUCUACCUAGGACUAAAGACACAGGGGAGCURGUUUCUGGGGAGCGGGACAGGGACAGCUGCCUGCCCAUCUUCCAAGUUCGCCCUUCACCUUCAUCCUCUCCUGCCCUCCUUCACCGGACCUCCUCCUCAUCUCGCGCACAGGAAGGUCCUGUAAUCAGGAUCGACCUCCCUAGAAAGCGAUACCCAGCCUGGGAUGCACACUUUAUCGAUCGGCGCCUCCGGAAGACCAUCUUGCUCCUGGAGACCACGUCAGCUGUCAGCCCUCGGAUACAAUACAGGAGUAGCCUGAUGGGCAGCAAGGAGGUUUUAGAAUAUGAGACAACUGUUUAAGUCUGUGGUGGCUUUUAAAGUGCAGUCUGGGACCAAGGUUCAGCCUCGGAUCAGUCCUCACCCAAGGACUACCUCUGCCAGGAGUACAUAAAAAAGCAGUGUCGGGCUACUCUUUUAGCCAAAAGAAGCUGUCAAAUGUGAUUGUAAUAUGUGACGCGCAAUCUGGGACCAAAGUUGAGGAAUAAGUAGCAAGACUGAGCUUAUUGUCUUGGACCCCAGAAACACAACWGAGACUUGGGGAAUAUUGAAGAAACUGGUUGCUAGAAGGUGUUUGAGACACGCAAUCAUUUUGGGUUGGGCAAAACAAGACACGAUCAUAUUCUCAUGUCUAAUAAUAUUAGCCAAGGUCAAAGCAUUGGUAAAAUUCCUACUUGAAAACCAGAUUUAGCUCACAUUUAUCGAGUAAAACUACGAAUUUCUUUUUCAAAUCAGCAUUUAUUUGACUUGUUAUUCUUUACAUUUUGAGAAAAAUGGUGACUUUGAAGAGAAUAGACGUGGAAUUAUUUUGUUUAGAUUGUAUAAAAAAGAGAGGAGUGUUUUUUCUUAAUCUGGUCAUUUAUACUUAAAAAACUAGAAGUCCCAUGCAGUAUUUUUUCUGUUUUACAUUAUCAGUGAGUUGUGUUCAAAGGGAUGCAGAGUUCUGUAUGCUCCACUUUAAUUUCUUUAAACAGUUAGAAUUUGUCUGGUAAAAGAAUAGAACUUAGUGCAGGUUCAAAUAACUUAUGAACAAUGGAACCAUCCAUUCCUAUGUGUCAUAAUAGCAGCCAUAUCACAAGUCUCAGUGUUUACAUCCCCGCUGCACCCCAACUUGUGAAAGGACAUGUUCAGAAAACUGUUAGGACUUCAGGUAGGGAUGUAAGAGACUUCUGCAAUCACUACCAUCAUAUGGCAUGCUCCAACUAGCAACAAACAGGCCUGUGAUGUACAGUUGAAUAAAUACAGAUGUCAGCUACUGUAUAAGCUGUUAAUAUAAGCUGUAGUUAGGUGAUGAAUGCUUGUUGAGAGACAAAGCUUCAUUUACUCUUAAGAGGCUUAAUGUAAUCCAAAGUUGUCUACCUUUUUCAGAACUCAUGAUGUGUAGAAUAUGAGGGAGAUCAUGUGAAAAUUAUAUGUGAACAUGUUUUUCAGGGUUUGACUCUGAGGAGAGAAAGUAAAGCUGUGAAUAAAAACAUAAAACAUCGGC